AUGAGACAUAGAGGGUUUAUAGCUUUGGCAAGUGCAAGUUCUGGUAUGGCUGCCUCACUUCUUCCUGGAGGUCGCACUGCUCAUUCUCGAUUUAAACUGCCUAUAAAUAUUGAUGAAAAUUUUAGUUGUAAUAUUAGCAAACAAAGUUCAAUGGCUUCUUUAAUCCGUGAUGCAAAAUUAAUAUUAUGGGAUGAAAUCUCAAUGGCAAAAAAAGAGAUUGUAGAGGUCUUGGAUUUGCUUCUUAAAGAUCUUAUGGAAAGAAAAAUUUUCUUCGGUGGUAAAGUUGUUGUUUUUAGUGGUGAUUUCAGACAAACCCUAGCUGUUGUUCGUAAUGGCAAAAGAGAAGACUUUAUACAAUUUGAAGCCACUGUGAUUGAGAACAGUGGUUCUGCAACAGCGCUCAUAGCUGAUGAACCUGCUGAAUCAAUGUUGCAACUCAGUUCAGAAGAAAUUUAUGAAAUUCAUUGUGUCAAGGAGAACACACUCAACAUAGCACCCCCAAACAUUGCAAUGGACACCGCAGAAAGUAAUAAAGCAAAAAUUCACAAUACUGACACAACCACAACAGGCAAUCAGUGUACAACAACUCAAGCAACUACUUCACAUGUCAGACAUGCUUCAAAGCUGAAAACUCUACCCAUGAAAAAGUGCCACAAGCUGGUCCCAGCUAAUUAG